UCAUGCACCUUUGAGAGACGUACAAAUACACAAGAACAAAGCCUCUGUUGACAUAAAAAGCACCACAGUCUGCCUUCAACCUUGAAAAAGGAAAUGUCCGCCUUUCCCAGUCUCCCUGCGGGCCCGCUGGAUGGCCUGCUUGUCUGUCACUUGUGCUUGAUGGGUAUCUGUCUUCCCGACGCCAUGUCCCGAAUCUUCCUCGGCUUCACCUGCGCCCAGUUGAAGACGAUGUACUCAUCUCCCGUUCCCAUGCCGGUCAGAUGCACCGAGUCGUAUCCCUGUGCUUUGAGGCUUGUGUGGGUGUACUGGCCAGACUGGGCCGCAGGAACCGUGAGGGUCCUUCCCAGAAAUACUCGCGCCUCGAUUAUGCAGCCUCGGUGAUGGGCCUUGCCUCUUGUGGCCUGUUCGGACGCCGCACUGACGAGACACAUCGACACAGGCACACAUGAGACAGAGACAGAAGGAUGGUGACUACAUGGUUUCCGUGGUUUCGCCUGCUUACAAGUAGAUGCCGCCCCCGACGAUGCCCGCCGCUCCCCGCAUCAUCUUCCCGCCCGACGCGAUGGCCUGAGCUGCCUGGG